CUUCUCCUAAGUGUGCGCAUGCUAAACUACACAUCACCGCUGCUCUCAAAACCCUGGGCGCAUUAAAAAAAUUUCAGUUUUGAGUUUCAGUUUUUUCAGUUCUUUCGCUUUUCAACGAUCAAGAACUCAAUACUUAAUUUAUAUCAAAGGAUGUUCUUAGUUCUGACACAUUCAUAAGUAUAUUAAGAGCACAUGCAGACAACCAGCCAAUCAGAGAUGAGUAUCCCUAGACGAGUGCUCAUCGUAGGAGCAGGACUAACUGGCUCAGUUACAGCUUCAUUACUGAGAAGAAAGUUCCAGAACAUUGAUUUGACAGUGUGGGAAAAGUCUAGAGGUGCAGGAGGUCGCAUGACGACAAGUAGGUGCCCUGAUGAUCCCAAAUGUACAGCAGAUACUGGUGCACAGUACAUCUCAGCAACACCCAGUUACUUUAAAGUACAUGAAAGUUUCUAUCAAGAGUUGCUGUCAUCCAAUGUACUGAAGCCUUUCACUGGUCUUAUUGAAGGAGAGAAAAACCAAGAUGGCGUGAAACACUUCAUUGCGCCUGCAGGAACUAGUUCUAUUGUCAAACAUUUUCUAAAACAAUCAGGAGCAAAUGUUCAUUAUCAAACACAAUGCAAUGAAGUCAACAUGAAAGAUAACCCAUCACAAUGGGAGGCAAUAGACCUAAAAGGCAACUCRGAACUAUUUGACUCCAUAAUUAUUACCAUACCUGUACCACAGCUUUUUAAUUUCAAAGGAUCAAUACAAAGUCAUAUCAAAGAGGAUAAAGAAAGGCUUGAAGCUGUGAAUUACUCUUCACGAUAUGCCCUUGGUUUGUUUUACGCACAAGGGACUGAUAUUUCUCUACCUUGGACUGCAAAAUAUGUUACUGGUAACCCAUGUAUUCGAUUUGUUAGUGUUGAUUCAAGGAAAAGAGGGCAGGAUGAGGAUAACAUUGGCCCAUCUAUAGUCCUUCACACCAGUGUUCCCUUUGGAAUUGAACAUUUAGAAUCAGAACCAAAACAAGUGGAAGAAAUCAUUCUAAAACAUGCAUAUGAACUAUUACCUACUCUUCCUAAACCAACAAAUAUAAAAUUUCAAAAAUGGAGGUAUUCACAGGUGUCAACCCCCAUGCCUGGUGCACCUGGUUGCUUGGUAUUGCAUCAUUCACCUUUAGCUCUUGCAGGUGGAGAUGCAUUUGUGCAUUCAAACUUCGAUGGUUGCAUAGAGUCUGCACUGUCUAUAGUGGACAAAUUCACCAACUCAAAGAUUUAGUUGUACAAAUUUGAUAAUUAAAAUUGAUAUAGUGUUUGAAUCACAAA